AUGGCGCCGGUGCCAAGCUUCUCCUCCGCCGCCGAGCUGCUCCUGGCCGCCGCCAUCUUCUGCCUGGUCUUCUGGGUGAUCAGAACCUCGACGUCCCGGGUCCCCAAAGGGCUGAAGAGCCCCCCGGGGCCCUGGGGGUGGCCCCUGGUCGGGCACGCGCUGUCGCUGGGGCGGAGCCCGCACCUGGCGCUGGCGGGGCUGAGCCGGCGCUACGGGGACGUGAUGCAGAUCCGCCUGGGCUCCACGCCCGUGGUGGUGCUGGGCAGCCUGGACGCCAUCCGCCAGGCCCUGGUGAGGCAGGGCGACGCCUUCAAGGGCCGCCCGGCCCUGCACAGCUUCACCCUCGUCACCAACGGCCAGAGCAUGACCUUCCACCCCGACUCGGGGCCCGUGUGGGCGGCCCGCCGGCGCCUGGCGCAGGACGCGCUCAAGAGCUUCUCCAUCGCCUCGCACCCGGGCUCCGCCGCCUCCUGCCACCUGGAGGAGCACGCGCGCCGCGAGGCCGGGCGCCUGGCCGACGCCUUCCGCGGCCUCACGGCCCGCGCCGGCCGCUUCGACCCCUACGAGCCGCUGGUGCUGGCGGUGGCCCGCGUCAUCGGCGCCAUGUGCUUCGGGGGGAACUUCCCGCAGGACGGCGAGAUGGCCGCCGUGGUGACCAGCAGCCAGGACUUCGUGGAGGGCGUCUCGGCGGGCAACGCCGCGGACUUCUUCCCCCUCCUCCGCUACCUGCCCAACCCCGUGCUGCGCCGGUUCAAGGCCUUCAACCAGAAGUUCGUGGCGUUUCUGGAGAAGACCGUCCGGGAGCAUUACCAGGACUUUGACAAGGACAACGUGCGGGACAUCACGAGCGCGCUGUUCGUGCACGCGGAGAAGGAGGCCUCGGCCCAGGGCGUCCCCAUCCCCCGCGAGAAGAUCGUCAACAUCGUCAACGACAUCUUCGGAGCCGGGUUCGACACCAUCACCACGGCGGUUUCCUGGGCCCUCAUGUACCUGGUGACCAGGCCUCAUGUCCAGAGGAAGAUCCACAAGGAGCUGGACGCGGUGGUCGGCAGGGCGCGGGCCCCCCGGCUCUCCGACCGGCCCCAGCUGCCCUACCUGGAAGCCUUCACCCUGGAGUUGUUCCGGCACAGCUCCUUCGUCCCCUUCACCAUCCCGCACAGCACCACGAGGGACACGGUGCUGAACGGGUUCUUCAUCCCCAAGGGGCGCUGCGUCUUCAUCAACCAGUGGCAGGUCAACCACGACCCGGAGACGUGGGGGGACCCCUCGGAGUUCCGCCCGGAGCGCUUCCUCACGGACGGGGAGACGGCCCUGAACAAGGCGCUGAGCGAGAAGGUGCUGCUGUUCGGCCUGGGCAAGCGGCGGUGCCUGGGCGAGACCCCCGCCAAGUGGGAGCUGUUCCUCUUCCUGGCCACGCUGCUGCACCGGCUGGAGUUCAGCCUGGCGCCGGGCGCGGAGCCCGACCUCACGCCCACCUACGGCCUCACCAUGAAGUACGCCCGCUGCCCGCACUUCCGGGCCCAGCCCCGCCCCGUCCAGUGA